AUGAGUUUUAAUUUUUCAGGCUCUGAUGGGUUAGAAAACCAGCUGGAAAGACUUAAGUUAGUCGAACUACCGGCAAAAGUGAGUAGCGGUAUUAGGAAGGAGUCGGUUGCCGCUGUGAUUACAAACGUUUGGUUGCUCGAGAUAAACGAAACUUACCCCAUCUAUCGUUAUGAUGUGCAAAUUUUUGAACUAUAUCCAGGUAAAAAAGGAACGGUGGAGCCGCGAGCUAAGGAAAUAACAAGAAACACUCGAGAAGACUACUUAAUAGUUGAUCGCAGAAACAAAUGUCUUCUAGUAUUGAAAAAGCUCUUCGAGCAAAACAGAGACUUUUUUGGCAACAAAAGCUGUUUAGUAUACGAUCGAGCCUCAAUCUUGUUCUCUUGUCUAAAGCUACAAAUACCGAAAAGUGGGGUAUGCACAUUUACCAGAGCCAAAGAUAUGUUUUCAAGCGAUUGUAUCGGAGUCGAAGUAAAUAUAAAACCGUGCGUCGAAACUUUUCAAUUGACUUCAACAGACAUAAAGUCGACAGUCAGUACUUGCCCAGAGAACGUCAACAGAAAUGUUCAACAAUUUUAUGAAUUAAUGUUAUCACAGGAAGCUUUUUUUGCAGACAAUGACUUCGUUUGUUACGACUCCAACCACUGCUUCUUAAUGAAACCUGAGGAUUUUGGAUUUAAUGAAGCAGACAUCCCAAUACUUCCAGAAGGAAAAUAUUGUGGUGUGGGUUCCUCUAAAUCUAUUAAAACCAUUAGAGGGGCCAAACAGCAACGACUGAUGCUUUCGAUUGUUGUUGACUUGAAAAAGGGAGCCUUCCACAUUGAUAACCAGCCUCUAGUCGAUAAAGUCAGCGAAUUGUUUCGCAGAAAAACCAAAUCUAAACUUACUAAGCCGGAAAUCGAACUUGUGAAUAAGAUGUUGAAAGGUUGCUUGCGUUCCUGUUUCAAGGCUGUUCUUCAGAAAUUUAUAAGUUUUGAAGAGUUAUUUGGAUAUCUGCGACAUCAAGAAAUAUAUAGCAAAAUUGUAAUGUUUUCUAAUGAACCAAGACUUUACAGGUUCAGCAGCCGCGAAGGCUUAAUUUCAGUUGCAGAUUACUUUAAAAAAGUAUACGGGGAAAGCUUGAAGUAUCCAGAUUUAGCCCUUGUGGUGGAAAAAACUUCAAAAGGUUUGAAUUAUUAUCCAAUGGAAAUGUUGGAAAUUUGCGAGAACCAGCGUGUGGCUUUCCUCCAGCAGUCUGCUCUUCAAGUGCAGAAUAUGAUUAAGGCUUGUGCUGUAGUCCCGUACCGAAGGCACGAUCAAAUAAAAAAAUUGAUGAGAGCAUUAAAAAUUGACCAAGGAGGUCGUAAGAAUCGUUGGUGUCAAGAGUUUCGCGUAAAAGUUGCUGAGGACUGCUUAAAUGUAAUGUCUAAACUUGUUGCCUGGCGACCACAGGAGUAUAAAGAGUUGUUCACUGCAAAAUGCAAACAACGAGGCAUGGGUGUACAGGAACCAAUUUUUGAAGACUUUAUAAACAAUGCAGAUGUUACGUGUGUUAGAAAAGUGUUUGAGAAGGCUAAAGCGAAUGGAGCUGCUUUUAUUCAUUUUGUGACCUCUGACAAGUUGCUUUUUCAUGCGCGGGAAACUGCUGCAGUUUACAAAAUUUUUGAGAUUUCAUUUUUCAAAAGAAUUUUUUAUUUAGAACAAAUCAAGGUUUUCGAAGCCUUAUUUCAAAUUAUCACCCAGAAUUUGAAGACAAGCAAUGCGAUUCAAAUAAGACGUCGCCCACAAACACUAGACAACAUCGUUCAUAAAACCAAUCUAAAGUUUGGCGGCCUAAAUUACGUCAUGCAAAUGGAGUCGAAAGAGGCUCAAAAUUGGAUUGAUCGCGAUGAUAGGAUUAUUAUUUCUUUUGACUUUGCACCAACACUUCUACCAAGAAAAUCAGAAGUCAAGGAACUUCCCUCUGUGCUUGGUUUCUCAGCAAACUGUGGCAGCCAUCCUCAAAACUAUAUUGGGUGGUAUCGGUACGUUAAGUCGAAUAGGGACGAGGUAGUCUUUCUCACGUUGGUCAUGCUGUAUAGUAUUUUGGACAAAAAUGAAAAAGGACUUUCGGAAUUCAUUGCUGAAGCUCUUCGUAUGACGAAGAAAAAUCGCACGGAACCUAAACAUAUUAUGAUUUUGCGGGAUGGGGUAUCUGAGGGUCAAUACAAAUACGUUAUUAAUACAGAGCUAGAACAUGUUCGAAAAGGCUGUGCUUUAUAUGGCGGCCCUAACUAUAAGCCGAAAAUAACUUUCCUUGUAGUCACGAAAAACCACAACAUGAGAAUAUUUCCAAAGUGUUUUAAGGGCCGUUCAAAGUUUAAGGAUAAUAUACCCCCUGGAACUGUUAUUGAUGAAGGCAUUGUCAACCCUGUCUUAACCGAGUUUUAUUUAAAUCCCCAUAUUGCGCUCCAAAUAACUCAGCCUCUCUUAUUAACCUCUUAUCUUCUAUUUGAAUUACAGGGCUCGACAAAUACACCACGAUACAACUUACUCUACGAUACAGCAAAGCUUACCCUUGACGAGAUGGAGGGGAUCAGUUUUGCCUUAGCACUAAACCUGCAAAUUACCACCGGUGCUACAGCGUUACCAGCUCCCGUGGUUAUUGCAGAUGCGAUGGCAGCAAGGGGGCGAAAUAAUUUCAGUGGAUUUUAUAUGGAGAAAAAGGGCAACAUCGCAAAUUACACACUGGAAAAGUUCAAUGCUGAAUUAGGAAUCACAGGCAGACCUCUUGCUGAAAUCCGAUUUGCAGCAUAA